AUGUCGCAGGAAGAACGGGGAUUCUCCUCCUUCGAGGCACCACAGGACAAGGGUGCAGUCAGUGACGACGUUGAAGUAUACUCGGGAAGCAACAGCAGCGACGAUGUCGUAGCUCCUGAAGCGCAACCCGGUGUGCAGAACAUUGAAGCCGUGACCAUUUCGUGGACCAGGACCGCACUCGGGAUAGCGUACAUCCUGAUAUGGCUCACAUACUUCGUGGAGGGAAUGCUUUCAGGCACACAAGCAGCUCUGCUCCCAUAUGUGACCUCCGCCUUCGCCGAGCACAGUCUGACACCCACCGUCUCGGUCGUCAGCUCAGUGAUCGGUGGCUGCACGAACUUCACCAUCGCCAAGAUCCUGGACGUGUUUGGCCGGCCCCAAGGAUACCUUGUCUGCAUAAUCAUCGCUACCGUCGGUCUGAUCAUGAUGGCUGCGUGUCGAGAAGUGGAGGCCUAUGCGGCUGCGAUGGUGUUCUAUACUGUGGGGAACACGGGCCUGCAGUACAGCCUGAGCGUCUUUGUGGCGGAUACGUCUUCGUUGAAGAAUCGAGGUCUCAUGCAAGCAUUUGCUUAUAGCCCCAAUAUGAUCACCUGCUGGCUCGCAGGACCCAUCUCCACCGGAUUCCUCGCCGGUCCUGGCUGGCCUUGGGCCUUUGGCAUGUUCUGUAUUCUCGUCCCCGCGGUUACUCUGCCCCUCUUCGGUCUUAUGCAGUGGAACUACCUCAAGGCCAAGAAGCAAAACGUUGUGCCAGCACGCAACAGUGGGCGGACGGCUUUCCAAUCCUUCAUCUACUAUUGCCGCGAGUUCGAUGCUGUCGGUCUGAUUCUGAUCUCGGCCGGAGUUGCCCUCUUCUUGCUGCCGUUCAACCUCUGGCUCCUCCAACCUAAAGGCUGGGCGUCUCCGCUGAUCAUCUGCCUGCUGGUCUUCGGCGUCGUACUGCUGAUCCUGUUUGUUUUGUGGGAGAAGAUCUUUGCCCCAGUCACCUUCAUCCCGUACUCGCUUCUCCUCGAUCGAACAGUCAUUGGCGCCUGUCUACUCUCGGCCACCCUCUUCUUCAGCUAUUUCUGUUGGUACAGCUACUUCAGCUCUUACCUGCAGGUCGUCAACGAUCUCAGCCUCACUCACGCGAGCUACGUGAUCCAGAUCUACCCAGUCGGAUCGGUCAUCUUCUCCUUUGCAGCAGGUGUGUUGAUCCAUUACACCGCUCGCUUCAAACCGGUGACACUGUUUUUCGGUGUUCCUUUGAGCAUCCUCGGAUGCGGUCUGAUGCUGCAUUUCCGCAAGCCAAACCAAGACAUCGGCUACUUGGUCAUGUGCCAGAUUUUCAUCUCUUUCGGCGCUGGUGUCAUCAUCAUCGCUGAUGAGAUUGCCAUGCUUGCUGCAGCUUCCCAUCAGUAUAUCGCCGUUGCGCUGGCUACUCUAGGCUUCUUUGGCAACAUUGGAGGUGCCAUUGGACUGACAGUGACGAGCGCCAUCUGGCAAAACACCUUUCCCAAGAAGCUGCUCGAGUACCUCCCCGCUGAAGCUCAGCCUGAUUUGCUCACUAUCUACUCCGACCUUACGACACAGCUCUCAUAUCCCGUCGGCUCUCCAACUCGACUUGCAAUUCAGAGAGCGUAUGGAGAUGCGCAGAAGGAUAUCUUGAUCGCAGCUACUGCUGUCUGGGCGUUGGGAAUAGGUGCGGUGCUGCUGUGGCGUAAUGUCAAAGUGUCCGAGAACAAGCAGACCAAGGGUCAUGUUAUCUAG